CACCCGUCGCCGAGGGAGAGUUUUGCAGCUGCGGACCUUGCGGUGCGUGAGGUGAAUGAAUCGCCAUGACCACUACUCGAAGCAGCUCGUCGAAAAACAAACUCAACCUAACGCUGCCUCCAAUUGAGCCAUUCGACCAACUUCUGGACGACAAAAUCAAUGAGACCCGACACGUCGACACGAGUCUCGAGGCUCUUCGACAGACCUUGGAAGGCUUGGAUAUCGACGAUCAACAACGGAAACGACUCGAGCAUUUCAUCUCACAAAAACAGAAAGUCGUCGAUCUGACCGUGGAGGAUUUCGAGAACCUCGGCGAGAUCGGGUCAGGCAAUGGAGGCGUGGUUAAUAAGGUGCUGCACAAACCGAGCGGACUCAUCAUGGCUCGAAAACUUAUUCAUCUAGAAGUGAAGCCUAGUAUCAGAACCCAGAUAAUCCAAGAGCUCAAAGUGCUUCACAAGUGCAACUCGCCACACAUCGUCGGUUUCUAUGGCGCUUUCUACAGCGACGGAGAGAUCAGUGUCUGCAUGGAGUUCAUGGACGGCGGCUCGUUCGAUCUCGUUCUCAAGAAAGCCGGUCGAAUACCUGAGAAUAUUCUCGGCAAAGUGACAAUCGCCAUUCUCAAAGGUCUGAACUAUUUACGCGAGAAGCAUCAGAUUAUGCAUCGAGACAUUAAGCCCAGCAACGUCCUCGUCAAUAGUCGAGGAGAAAUCAAAAUAUGUGAUUUUGGUGUGAGUGGCCAGCUGAUCGACUCGAUGGCGAACUCGUUCGUUGGAACGCGCUCCUACAUGUCGCCCGAGAGACUUCAGGGCACCCAUUACACAGUGCAAUCAGAUAUCUGGUCAUUGGGUCUCUCUCUCGUCGAGAUGGCCCUAGGUCGUUAUCCGAUCCCUCCACCGGACGCGAAGGAGCUGUCGGCCAUCUUCGGAUCUCAGUACAAUCCCUUAAACAACCCCCAGGAUCAACAGCCGGCCACAAUGUCCAUCUUCGAGCUGCUCGAUUACAUUGUCAAUGAACCUCCGCCCACGGUUCCCCAAGGCGUCUUCAGCGAUGACUUUAAAGACUUCGUCGAUCGAUGCUUGAAACGUGAGCCGACGGAGCGAGGUGAUCUGAAAACCCUUAUGGAUCACCCGUGGAUAAAGAGCAGUGAAAACGAAAACGUCGAUUUCUCGGGAUGGGUCUGUCAAACUGUCGGAGUCACCGAACCUCUGCCGUCCACGCCCGCGGAAUGAUUCGCUCUCGGCAGAGACUACUACUGGAAACGAGUGCGGCUGGGAAAGUAUGGGAAAUCGAGAGAAAGGAUUUGGAGCGAUUGGGAGCAAGAGUCUUUUGUUCUUCUUCGGAAGCAAACAAACGAACCCACGUUUCUCACCCCACAGAAUACACCACCAGAUAACAGCCACAAAGCUUUAUGUUCACCCUGCCAAAAUUUCGUCACACGCAAACACGCCAUGUAUUCCGUGCAUCGAGCUCGACCCGGGGAAGUCGUUCGGACGCCUUCUGCGUGACGGACGGACGACGAAAACAAAACGGGAAAAGCGAUUCUCCGAACUGAGUCGACCUGAGCUUUCAAAAUCUCCUUUCGUGCGCACACACUGCAUCGAGAUAGCGGCGUCGCCCCGGCGCGCCG